AUGGUUAUUGGGUUGUUGAAUGCACCAGUCUGCCUGGCUGCGUCAGCCAGGGCGGAACCAAGCAGGAAGCGAUUGCAAAUAUUAAGGAAGCCAUCGAAGCGUACGUCGGUGCCCUUGAGGAAGACGGCUUGCCGGUUCCAGAGGAGCGGUUCGAAACGUUGGUCGUCGCAGUAUGACCAGCAGAGUGCCCCGGAUUUCGGGGCAUGA